UUUGCCAACAUGACUGCAAGUGGUUCGUUUGAUGUCACAGUACUGCUAGUCAUUUUUACUGCUUUGAUUCUAAGCUUGAAAUGGCUGAUACGACGAAAGAAUCUCCCCCCUGGUCCCUACGGUUUACCAGUGUUUGGGAGUAUCAGAUUAAUGAAAAGGGGGAAACCAACAGAAAUUUUCAGAAACCUUCGUCGGAAAUACGGGGACGUGUUCAGCAUCAAACUCGGGACAUUGACAAUAGUCGUCAUCAACGGAUAUGAGAAUCUAAAAGAAGCAUUUGUAAAAAGAGCUGACGAUUUCUCUGAUAGACCGGAAACGUUCGUCAUCGUAGAACUCUCUAAAGAAAAAGGUUUACUGGCAAGUUCAGGGGAACUAUGGAAACAGAAUAGAACAUUCGUACUCAAAGCAUUGCGCGAAUUUGGAUUUGGAAAGAAAUCUUUGGAAACCAAGAUACAUGAAGAGGUUGACGUGUUUAUUGAUCACGUUAUGGAAACCAGCUGUGAACCGUUUGACCUUGGCGACAACAUCCAUGUCAGUGUAGCGAAUGUGAUCUGUAGCAUUGUGUUUGGUGAGAGAUUUGACCACAAUGAUAGAAAGUUUCUGCAGCUAGUGACGCUGUUGGAUGAAGCUGCGACGAUAAACAAACCGACCGGAUUGAUUAGCUGUUUCCCCGCCCUCCGAUAUUUACCUGGCGAUAUGUUCAAGAUCAAAAGAUUUAAGACAUUAUUCAGCGAAUUUUUGGACUACUUUUCUGAACAGGUACAGAGUCACCGAGACUCUUUUCAUGAAAACGAAACAAGGGAUUUUAUAGACGCUUUCCUUCACGAGCAGCACCGAUCUGGGCCGGAUACAAAGAUAUUCACAGAUGACAACCUGUUAAUAACACUGUUGCAUUUGUUUGCGGCGGGUACUGAGACAGUCGCCACUGCUGUCAGAUACAGCGUUUUGUACCUUCUCCACCACCCAGACAUACAAGACCGAAUGUUCACAGAAAUCAACAAUGUCGUCGGCCAAUCCCGGUCUGUGACUGGUGCGGACCGAUCCAGCUUGCCCUUCACUGAAGCGGUCUUAGCCGAGGUUCUUCGCUGCGCCAAUAUAGUCCCACUUUCGGUCCAACAUGGUGCGAAGAAAGAUAUACCAUUUCAAGGAUUCAUCAUUCCUAAAAAUGCUAUGAUAAUUCCAAACCUAGAUUCCGUUUUAGGAGAUGCCGCAGUAUUUCCUGAACCAGAAACAUUUGACCCGACCCGUUUCCUUGAUGCAGAUGGAAUGUUUGUCAGUGAUAAAAGAAUGAUCGCUUUCUCCAUUGGUAGACGUGUGUGUCUUGGAGAAUCCCUAGCCAGGCUCGAAUUGUACUUAUUCGUCACAUCGCUCGUUCAGAAGUUUGACCUUCAACUUGAGCACAGUGGCGUGUUUCCGUCACUGGAAGGGCGACUGGGACUUACUAGCAGUCCGAUGCCAUAUCGUAUUCGUGCUAUACCACGUAAAUAAGCCACUAGAAUCAGUAGCAUUUAAAACCGCUUAUACUACUGAUCAAUGUGUUUCAGUUGAACUGCUUCAUCUCAGGGUCUGGUCACUGUUGGAGUUAUCUCGUAAUUACUUUGAUAGAUGUGUCUAAUCUUGGCACCCUGGGGUCUGGUCACUAUUGUAGUUAUCUAGUAUUUAAUUUUUUUUAGAUGUGUCUAAUCUUGGCACCCUGGGGUCUAGUCACUAUUGCAGUUAUCUAGUAUUUAAUUUUGAUAGAUGUGUCUAAUCUUGGCACCCUGGGGUCUGGUCACUGUUUGAGUUAUCUAGUAUGUAAUUUUGAUAGAUGUGUCUAAUCUUGGCACCCUGGGGUCUGGUCACUGUUUGAGUUAUCUAGUAUGUAAUUUUGAUAGAUGUGUCUAAUCUUGGCACCCUGGGGUCUGGUCACUGUUUGAGUUAUCUAGUAUGUAAUUUUGAUAGAUGUGUCUAAUCUUGGCACCCUGGGGUCUGGUCACUAUUGCAGUUAUCUAGUAUUUAAUUUUGAUAGAUAUGUCUAAUCUUGGAACUGGUACCUGUCUGAUUAUUUUUCUGAAUGAUAUUUGAGCAUAGUACACAAAUGA